CGCAUGCGCGCUGUACACAAAGGCGCUCCGGAGGAUCGGUAAAGGUUAAAAGUGACAAGGAAGUUGUCUAUGGGAAUCUUGAACACAACAGCCAGUUUUGCUGUCUCUGUCCAGAUAUUUAAGAAGUGGAACAAGGGAUUCACUCUGUCAUCCUUCCUGUUCAGACUGUGGGGAGUGAUUCACUAGAUCAUCUGACCGAUUGGCCUUCCUAUCAUUUUACACAGGGGAAAGGCCGUUCACCUGCUCAGACAGUGUGGAGGGAUUCACUCGGUCAUCUCAACUGAAGGUACAUCAGCGAGUUCACACUGGGACAAGGCCAUUCACCUGUUCUGUAUGUGAAAAGGGUUUCAGAUGGUCUUCCCACCUGUGGACAUACCAGUCAGUUCACACUGGGCAGAGGCUGGUCACCUGCUGAAUUUGUGGGAAAGGAUUCACUUAGUCAUCUGUUCUAAUGGCUCACCAGCGAGUUUACACUGGGGAGAGGCCAUUCACCUGUUCAGUCUGUGGGAAGGGAUUCACUCAGUCAUCUGACCUAAUGGAUCACCAGCGAGUUCACACUGGGGAGAGGCCGUUCACCUGUUGGGACUGUCGUAAGGGAUUCACUUGCUCAUCUAAACUGAAUGUGCACCAGCGAGUUCACACUGGGGAGAGGCCAUUCACCUGCUCAGACUGUGGUAAGGGAUUCACUCGGUCAUCCGACCUACUCACACACCAGUCAGUUCACACUGGGGAGUGGCCGUUCACCUGCUCAGACUGUGGGAAGGGAUUCACUAGGUCAUCCGACCUGCUGGCACACCAGUCAGUUCACAGUGGGGAGAGGCCAUUCACCUGCUCAGACUGUGGGAAGGGAUUCACUCGGUCACCCGACCUGCUGGCGCACCAGUCAGUUCACACUGGGGAGUGGCCAUUCACCUGCUUAGACUGUGGGAAAGGAUUCACUUUUCCAUCUCAAGUGAAGGUACAUCAGAGAGUUCACAAUGGGGAGAGGCCGUUCACAUGCUCAGAGUGUGGGAAGGGAUUCAUUCAGUCAUCCCACCUACUGGUACACCAGUUAGUUCACACUGGGGAGCAGCCGUUCACCUGCUCGGACUGUGGGAAGGGAUUCACUUGCCCAUCUAAACUGAAAGUACAUCAACGAGGUCACACUGGGGAGAGGCCAUUCACCUGCACAGAGUGUGGGAAAGGAUUCACUCAGUCAUCACAUCUACAAGUACAUAGGUCAGUUCACACUGGGGAGAGGCCAUUCACCUGCUCAGACUGUGGGAAGGGAUUCAAAUCGUCAUCUCAUCUGAAGGUACAUCAGCGACUUCAUGCUGGGGAGAGGCCAUUCACCUGUUCAGACUGUGGGAAAGGAUUCAUACAGUCAUUCCACCUACAAACACACCAGUCAAUUCACACUGGGGAGAGUCCAUUCACCUGCUCAGACUGUGGGAAAGGAUUCACUUUUCCAUCUCAAGUGAAGGUACAUCAGCAAAUUCACACUGGGGAGAGGCCAUUCACCUGCUCAGACUGUGGGAAAGGAUUCACUCAGUCAUCUCAUCUACAGAGACACCAGCGAGUUCACACUGGGUAGAGGCCGUGCCUGGCCAAACUUAAUAAAUCUCGCUGGGUGAAUACUGCGUGAUAUGUCCCCUGUUAUAUUUUAGUACUCUGACAUAAACAGUACACAAUAUGUGAUCAAACAAUUGAGCUUUAUAAUUCCAACUUUGACCAUAGUGUUAGUAAAGAAAACAAUAAUAAAAGAAAAAGGGCACGCUCUCUUCAUUCGCAUCUUCUCAUCACUCCCCAGCAAAAGACCACAAAAAACUCUCUUCCAGACACACAUGUUUUGUCGUUGGACAGCCCCACACUCCAAAAACCUGUCCUCCCCAGUCAUAAGCAAAACAUUGCUGCUACAGUGAAACCAUUACCUCAGCAGUGAAACAUUACUGAGAAGCCAUUACAUUAGCAGUGUUACACUUGUGACACACUGCUGAGUUCACACUGGGGAGACAGAUUCAGGAAACUGCAUGCUGGAUAUUUGUCCAUCACCGUUGCUGAAUGCUAUUUUGAGAGUGACUAUCGGUACUGAACUCUGCAAUUAUUGCUGCUGUUCACCACACCCAGUUCUGCACUCUGGUCACUGGGCAUUGGAGGAGUUUCUUCGGCUGCAUAUUCACCUCUAAUGUGACUGGAGUUUAAUACUGUAUUCUGGAUCUGUGAUAAAUAAACCAGUUCUCUUUUAAAGUCUGUCUCCAGAACUUAGUGAACUUAUAACACAACUAGUGUACAAUAGAGAGUCAACUCAGGCCUGCUGAACCCUGCAAGUGAUUCUCUUCCAUGGCAGUCCUUUUAUAUCUUCCCUUGUUGAUCACCUCUUGCUCUCCCUGUGGGAUGGGUUCCAAACAGUCACCACUCUGUGGGUGAAGAGGUUUCCCUUGAAUUUCCUGCAGACUGAAGUGGAGUUGACUGCAGUUCUGUCUGAGAUGUUCUUUGCCCCUCCAAUCUCUGGGCUGAGGAAGAAAGACUUUGGGAGUUAACCUCCUUAUUUAGGGCUCAUUUCACCAUUAUGGGUCAUUUUCCAUGCUUCUGAAGGGUUGUUGAAAACUCUACUGUACUCUAAAGACAGAAAGCAGAAUGGAAAACCAUUUGUUGGAUGUCCAAUGAAGCUGGGUCAGAAACCAGAGGCAGGUCCGCUCAGGGCAGAGUUUGGGGCUCUGGAUGAUGGUCGGGGUCAGAACGUAUGAUGAGGAGAAGGGAAUCAGCAA